CCGGAGCCCGGCGCAGCGGCACCGGGAGCAGCAGCAGCCCGCGCCCCGCCGGCGGCAGUGGCUUCUCCGGCGGCAGCGGGGGCAGGUGCGGGCGCUUCCGCGUCGCGCUGCGAGGAGGAGCAGGACGAGAAGGAGGAGGCGGCGGAGAGCGCGACGGGUGGCGCGGCCAGGAGCCCGGAGCCGGGCCGGCGUGCCCGUGGGCGUGCUCCCCGGCGGGGAGCACCGCCCGCCGCCCACAUCCCCGCCGCCGCCGCUGCCGCUAACUUUGCUUCUCCGCAAAGAGCCGCCCUCCGGCAAACAGAGGGUCGGCGGAGCCGGGGUCCGAGCCGGUCCCAGCGAUGAAGGGUCGGCGACGGUGGCGAGGCGAACAUCGCCGCUUCGCCGCGGUGCUGGUGCUGUACACGCUGCUGCUGCUCCUGUUGGUGCCCUACGCGCUGGACUACGGGGCCAGGCGCGGGCGAACGGACGAGGAGCCGCUGCUGCGGCGCUGCCCAAGCCUGGAGGAGGCUCUGAGUGAGUGGGGCUGGGAGCAGCGGCCGCCGCUGGACGAGGAAGAGGAGGAGGAUGAGGCGGGCACGGCCGGGGCGGCGGGUAACGGCAGCGCGGGGACGGCGGGGAAGCGGCACAUCUACCUGCACGCUACCUGGCGAACGGGCUCCUCUUUCCUCGGGGAGCUCUUCAACCAGCACCCCGACGUCUUCUACCUGUACGAGCCCAUGUGGCACCUUUGGCAGGCGCUCUACCCGGGGGACGCGCUGAGCCUGCAGGGAGCCCUCCGCGACAUGCUGCGCGCCCUCUUCCGAUGCGACUUCUCCGUCCUGCGCCUCUACACCGCCCCGUCCGGCCCCCGCGACCCGCUGGCCCCCGCCCCGCCCGCCGCCGACAACCUCACUACGGCCAGCAUCUUCGGCUGGCGGACCAACAAAGUGAUCUGCUCGCCGCCGCUCUGCCCCGCCGCCCCGCGGCCCCGCGGCGAGAUCGGCCUCGUCGACGGCGCCACCUGCGAGGAGACGUGUCCGCCGCGGGCUCUGCGGGAGCUGGAGGCCGAGUGCCGCAAGUACCCGGUGGUGGUCAUCAAGGACGUGCGGCUGCUGGAGCUGGGCGCGCUGCUGCCGCUGCUGCGGGAGCCCGGCCUCAACCUGCGGGUGGUGCAGCUCUUCCGCGACCCCCGCGCCGUCCACAACUCCCGCCUGAAGGCGCGGCAGGCGCUGCUGCGGGAGAGCGUCCAGGUGCUGCGCAGCCGCCACCGCGCCGAGCCGCGGGGCCCGGCCCGCCACCAGCAGCAGCAUCUCCUGCUGCCGCCCGGGCUGCUGGGCGGAGGGCGGCCGCCGCAGCCGCAGCACCGCGCCGAGUUCUUCCUCGGCGGCGCGCUGGAGGUGAUCUGCCAGUCCUGGCUCCGCGAUCUCCUCCUGGCCCGGCGCGCUCCGGACUGGCUCCGCCGCCGCUACACGCAGCUCCGCUACGAAGACCUGGUGCGGGAGCCCCGGGCCGAGCUGCGCCGCCUGCUGCGCUUCGCCGGGCUGACGGUGCCGCCGGCCCUGGAGGACUUCGUGGUCAACAUGACCCGCGGCGCCGCCUACUCUUCCGACCGGCCCUUCCUCAUCUCCGCCCGCGACGCGCGGGAGGCCGUGCACGCCUGGCGGGAGCGCCUCAGCCGCCAGCAGGUGCGGCAGGUGGAGGCGGCGUGCGGAGAGGCCAUGAGCAUCCUCGCCUACCCCCUCAGCGCCGGCGACGCCCGGUAGCGCCCGAGCCGCACGUCCCGGACGGGCCUGAGGGCGGACGGACGGGCGCCGUCGGGCAGAGCUGAGCGCGGGGGUCCUCGCUGCAUGGUAGGCGCCCACUUGGCGGGCGGGGAGCUCCCUUGAGGGCAGCCCCGGCUGAGGGACACCUGCCUCGCCUCGGGUACAGGCAGCGCUGCAGGGUGCAGGCCCUCCGUGCUGCUGUGGCUUCAUUGUGGCUGUUUUCCUUCUGGGCUGCGUGGAGAGGGCAGGGGGAUGUUACACUUCCGAGAAGGGUUUGGUAAGGGGCGUCCUCCUAGUACGGCAUCACUCUUGGAGCCUUUUAGCUUGAAAUUGUGAUCGUGUACAAAGAACAGGUAUGCUACAAACAAACUGCAUGAAAAUUUAAAAAUCCCCCAGGUGAAGACUCUCAGCAAGAAACUAGAGGGCCUGGAAGGUGCUCCUGUGGGAGCAUUGCCGUUCUGGAGCUCUGAAUCACACUGACCUCUGUCCUGCUGCUACUGAAACACAAGAGGCUUCUGUGAAGUCGCUGCAGGGGUCAGCAGGGGCCUGGACAGCCAGGAGGAGGGUGCCUGCUGCAGGGUAGGACUCAGCUCUUCUCCAAACCUGCUCUGCAGGGAUGGUCUCUGCCCCUGUUCAUUGCUGGUGCUGUCGGGAGGGGGCUGAGGGAAAGGGAACCGUGUCCAGCUCUGUCCCUUGUUCUGAGCAGCAGGGUAAGCAGUGCAGGGAGGGUAAGCAUUUGCCUGCUUAUGUGUUUUGAAGAUGUUUGUGGCAGGAAUCUUUGCUUUUCUAAAGAAAUCUGUAAUUGUUUUGAAAGUAGGAUUUUUUAAAAUAUACGUACAUUAAUAUAGUUUGGUGAUACCCAUGUGAGAUACAGGUGACUAACAUGUUUCUUUGGAACACGUGUAGGGGUGAAUGAAGCUGGAAGGCAACUGCUUGACAUUUCCGUUUUGUUUUCUCUCUCAGAUGAGAGAAUCACUUUUCUUCCCUUGCUUCCGGGCUGACACAUUGUGCCAUGCACAGGGUCCUCCUGAUCACAUCCCUUCCAAACAAUAACAUCCUCUCAGCUGGCAACUCCUGGACAACAGCAAAUGUUUCCUAAGAGGCUAAGACCAAUUAAUCAUGAAGUUCCCAAAUAAAAUCUUACAUUAAAAAAGCAAACAAACAAACAAGCCCUGAAGUUUUAUUUUAGAUUUUUAAAUGACAUGUUCCUGCAGAUAUCCUGCAACUUGUGUGAGAAGAGGGUGUGUAUCUGCAAGUACCUUUGUCUAUUAAUUUCUUGAUGUGGGGAUAGAAGGUUCAGUUGUAAUUUAGGGAUGCAGUUUCAUCACUUCAUAGAGACUGCUUUUGAAUCUGUUACAGUCUGGUAGUCUUUAAAUGGCUCCAUGAGAGUGUACAGGAUUAUAGGGAUGUUUGCAUGCAGUCCUCAACUACAAACCCAGAAUAUGAGUUUCAAAUUGCGGAUAAUCCAGGAUCAGGAAGAAAGUGCUUUUUAGAUAAAGUGCUGAAAAUAAAGGCAAUUCAAAGACGUUAUGUUAUCGUGGAGGAAGUGUUUGAAUUGCACUGUACAUUUUUGUGCUCUGAGUGUCAUGCUGUACAGCAUGUCACUAAGUUAGGAUGAACCUUCAUUUUUUUUCCCCUUGAUCUUCCCAUCUGAGAGUAUGUUGGCAUAAGAAGCAGGUUUCUUUCAUUAUCUGACAGAAAAAUGUAGUCAUAACAAUAUUUUUGAACAAAUUUAUCCAUUUCCCUGUAGCAUACUUCAUUCAGUUUUGCAACCUUGGGCUUCUGCUUGAAGUAAGAAUUACAGGGUCUCGUUUUGUGCUGGAAAAACUUGUGUAUUAUCUAGGGGAUGUUUCUGCAUUCUCUCACUGUGCUUGUGACACCAAAAUUUGUCUCUGGGUGUUCCAGUAGCAUUUAAUAACGGUAUUUGUAUAGCUAGUACCUGUACAAUGCCUUGAUAACCUGUGUCAGGUAACCUAUUUUGGGAGGCUUUUCUGGGACUAUACCCAGCCUGGCUUGUACUGACAGGUUUGAAAAGAAAUUAAGAUUUUUGUGCAUACCAAAAGAUGAUACGGUACUUUUUUUCCUUAAUUGGAUGGGAGAUUAAAAUCCAGUAUAUCCUAUUGAUUUGUUCUUAGCAAGUUGCAGUCACAGAAUUGUGUGAUGCAAUAGUUAAGCAUUCUCCUCGCCUUGACAGAGAAUCUCAUCAUGCUCUUUCAGGUGGUAGAUAUCUUUCAUAAGUCUUUCAAAAUUCACACUUAAUUUCACUUAAAAUGGUUCAUCAUGAUGAGCAAAGAAGUGUUACCAUCUAGCUUAACUUGAUUCUUGUAGCUGGGAGGAAAUUAUUUGGUAUUUUCUGAAACUGUGUUUGAGUUGCGGAGGUGGUGAAGAGCCUUGAGGGGAAGCCAUGUGAGGAGCAUGUGAGGUCACUUGGUCUGUUCAGCCUGGAGGAGACCGAGAGGAGACCUCACUGCAGUCCACAGCUUCCUCAUGAGGGGGAGUGGAGGGGCAGGCACUGAUCUCUUCUCUCUGGUGACUGGUGACAAGACCCAGGGAAUGAAAGUGUGUCGGGAGAGGUUUAGGUCGGGUAUUAAGAAAAUGUUCCUCACCCAGAGGGUGUUUGGGCACUGGAACAGGCUCCCCAGGGACAUGGUCACAGCACCAAGCCUGACAGAGCUCAGUAAAUUUUUGGACAAUGCUCCAGGCACAUUAUGUGACUGUUGGGGCUGUCCUUCGCAGGGCCUGGAAUGGGACUUAGCUGAUCCUUGUGGGUCUCUUCCAACUCAGGAUAUUCUAUGAUAGAUGCGUUUUCUGUAUCAAUAGUUAUUUCUGUCAGCACAAGUUGUUCACUAGCCUGGUUGCUCUCCGUGAGUGAUUAUUUUAAUUUUUAAAUUUUUGUAUAAUGUGAAAAAGGCUCCAUUGGGCAAAGUGUACAAAAUAUAGCAAGUGCAAUUUUUGGUUUGUAUUCAGUGGACCUGAAUUCAUCAGAAAACUCAUCUAAAAAAUCUAUAGGGGAUAUCCAAAGCUGAGAAAGGAGCAAGUAGGCCAGAAAGACAUCUUAGAACAGGAUGUGGAUGACAAUUGUUUAGUGACUGGUGGUGUGACACGUGCGCUUCAAUCAUUAGGAGUUUUUCUAAAAUUCUUCUACCCAAGGAGGACAACUAAGGCUCACCAACAAAUGCACCCUAUUUUUCUCUUCAUGGUGUUUUGAUGGCAUUUGACAGCAUCAUUCAGGGUGCUUACAGCAUGUACUUGGUCUUGAAAUUCAGGCCUUGAAGAAAAAGCAAAUGUACUGUCAAAUGUCAGUGUUGGUAUUUUUCUGAAAAGGCAGAAACAGGCCUUAUUAGGACAACCAGCAUGGAGUUUCAGUGGCAAAGAUCUUUGGAACCAACCAGAACCUGCUGAAAGCAGGACACCCAUAGUUAGACUGCAUUGUGAGAGCAGCUGGACAUUUAUAGCUUGGGCAGUUUGAGGUGAAGUCACGGUUCUACUGGGUUGUGGUAAUCCGUGUUUUUCCUGGGCCUUCUAUGAGUCCAAUCCAGCCAGCUUAAGACUCCAGCCCACACGGACCCGCACAGACGAAGGGAAAAGACAAGAGGCGCUCUUCUCCACGUGGGUGCAAGUAUCUUGUUUAUUGGCUUGGUGCAAGACACACGUGAUGGGGUCACCCAGGCAGAAAAGAGGGUGGGGAACUCUCACUCAGGAGGUUUUGUACCCUAGGGGAUGGGGGUGGGGGAGAGAGGACCAGGGCCAAUGGGAUGCCAUUGGGGAGACAUGCCCAGUAGAAAUUGCCCAUCAGUGCAACAACAACAACUAAAUAAACUAUUUAGUGCAAUACAAGACUGGAUGAUGUAAAAAAUUGAACUGCUCAUUUAGAGCAGAGCAUGGCAUGAUGAGCAAGAGAACAGUAAACACAUUUUUGUAUCCAACCUGAACUUGGACAGCUUAGAAUCACAGUGCAGGACUCAGCCAUAAAGUUUUAGUAUUUCAGACUGAGAUUGGUGAAAAUUACCUACUUGUGCUACAUUACAUACAAUGAAUUAGCAACUAAUUUAUUGAAAAGUCAUAGUGGGAAAUGGGUAUAGAAAUGACAAAUGCUCACAAGACAACUCUGUUGUCUGUUUUUACUUAACUUCUGGUUGUCACAUGUCCAAGUUAAGGGAGGUAGAAACUUGAGUACUGUAAUUAUUCAAGAAAGGCUGGGAUACUUCCAUGCCAUAAUUGCUUGUGGGAAAUUAUGAAAGUCCAGGGCCAAGAAAUACUUAGGCCCUGCCUUAUUUCUACUCCUUAGGAUAUGGAGUCCUUGUAGAUAUCCACAGUAUGUACUUGCAUACUGCAGGUACAAUAGAAAUAGUUUGGUAUGAGUUGCAGUAUCUAACAAAAGUGGAGUUGUGGAGUUACUUAUUUAACAACUUCAGUAUUGCAUGAGUCAUUUUAGCCCCCUCCUCCCCCAUCAGUCUGGGCAUCAAGAAAAGUCCUGAGUUUCUGCAUUAAGUUCUCAGUAUCACCACUUUCAGUAAAGCUCAACGAUAAAAAUGCUGCAGAGUUUUGGGUUUGUUAUGGUAACGCAAUUAAACCACUGAAACCCCGAGAGCCAGCAAGCCCGACAGCAUGUUCUGUUCCUUUCUUCAGCACAGAGAGCUGUCACUGAGACUCCCUGAUGGUGCCUGUCAUUUUUCAGAGUCACCAUGCAAUCCGUACAGCACUGGGACUACCUGAGAGGUUUUAUCUUUCUUAUUUAACUUAACAUGACACCUACCACCAUGGAGGAUGACCUGGGAGAAAAAGGAUUUGUCAAGCCUUGCACUAGCAGUUUUCAACACCCCUCUGGCAGUGUGUGUGUGUGUGUGUGUGUGUGUGUGUGUGUGUGAAUGAGGGGCCAGGUUCAGACUGUCCUCAUGGCUGUGUUUCAAAGAGGUGAAAGCUGGAUGCAAGCACAUUGAGUCGGUGGGUUUCAGUGAUUGAGGGGCCUCUUGGUUGUUGGUGACACUUAUGUCUGGCAGCCUCAGCUCUGAACAACAGGCUGCAAGCUGAUGAACAUUGUUUUAGCACUUGCAGUCUGGAUAUUGAGUACUGUGAAAUUCUUGCUUCCAGCACUGAGAUGUUCAGCUCUGCUGCUAACCUGGAGCACCUGCAGUGCCAUUUUUUGUUGCUGUUAAGUGGGAAUCCAGCUCCUUCCCUGGAGCUUCCAAACUUGUUGCCCGUUUCUGAAGGUCCAACUUUGCCAAAUUUCAACUGUAUAUAGACUGAAACUUUUUGUCAUGGGCGUAAGGUUUAAGUCUUUUGGAAUUUCAGUCAAAGCAGUUGCAUAUUCUUUUUAACUUAGAAUGUGGUGGUCUUUUGCCUGUGUUUAAAUAUUCUCAAAGAUAUUUCUUUGAAAUCAUUUGUCACUUCAGUGUUUUGGGACAGAAACUCCAGUUUGGGUAGGGGAAAUGACCUCUUUGUAGAGGAUGUCCCCUGUGUUUUUAUUUUUACCUCUGCUUUCUAUUCUGAUUUGGCCAAAUAUAUUAAUGUUUGUAUAAAAUGGAUAGCACGUGCUCAGUAAAAAUGGUUUUGGUAUGUGUGUGUAUCUUUAUUUUAUACCAAAUAAAAUCUGCAUUGGUCUUAUCUCCA